UUCAUCAGCACACAAUGACAAUGGGCCACGAAACCGAGAACCCCUUCAAGCUCGUCGGAUUCUCCAACUUCGUUCGAUCCAACCCCCGUUCCGACCGAUUCAAGGUCAACCGCUUCCACCACAUCGAGUUCUGGUGCACCGACGCCACCAACGCCGCCCUCCGCUUCUCCUGGGGCCUCGGCAUCCCCAUGGUUGCCAAGUCUGACCUCUCCACUGGCAACCAAACCCACGCCUCCUAUCUCCUCCGCUCCGGUGACCUCUCCAUCCUCUUCACCGCCCCUUACUCCCCAACCAUAUCCCACCCGACCCGGCCCACCUCCACCGCCUCCAUCCCCACCUUCGACCACUCCGCCUCACGCGCAUUCUCCGCCAAACACGGCCUCGGCGUCCGAGCCGUCGCAGUCGAGGUCACCGACGCCGACCUCGCCUUCCACUCCAGCGUCUCCCACGGCGCUAAACCAGUGUCCCAACCCAUUCUCCUCGACAACCGCGUCACAAUCGCCGAGGUCCAUCUCUACGGCGACGUGGUUUUGCGGUACGUAAGCUACAAAGACCUAGCCCAGCUCACCGACCCGAACCCGGACACGUGGUUCCUCCCCGGAUUCGACUCGGUCCUUUCCUCUUUCCCCCUAGACUUCGGCUUCCGCCGUCUCGACCACGCCGUUGGCAACGUUCCCGACCUCUCCGCUGCCAUGACUUACGUGAGAAGCUUCACCGGAUUCUACGAGUUCUUGGAGUUCACGGCGGAGGACAUAGGGACAAGCGAGAGCGGACUGAACUCGGCAGUUCUGGCCAACAAUGACGAGACGGUGCUGCUUCCGAUGAACGAGCCGGUGUACGGGACGAAGAGGAAGAGCCAGAUUCAGACGUACCUGGAGCAUAACGAAGGCGCCGGAGUCCAGCACCUGGCUCUGGUCACGGAAGACAUAUUCAGGACCUUGAGGGAGAUGAGGCAGCGCAGCGGAAUAGGAGGAUUCGACUUCAUGCCGGCGCCGCCGCCGACGUAUUACCGGAAUUUGAAGAAGAGGGCCGGCGAUGUGUUGACGGAUAAGCAGAUCAAGGAGUGUGAGGAGUUGGGGAUUUUGGUUGAUAGGGAUGACCAGGGGACUCUGCUUCAGAUUUUCACAAAGCCUGUGGGAGAUAGGUAUGUGCCAUUCUCUUCAUUUCUUUGUUAA